CCAUAAACAAAGCACAAAACCCCAUUUCUUCUCUUUUGAAGACGUCCCCUUGCUUCAAUUGCCCAUAGUUGAAAAAACCCUAAAAAUAAAAAUCCGUCAAUUCUUCCCUAGUUCGAAUUAUAUCUCCUCUGCACAUCUGCUCAUUCGUUCCCUUGUCUUGGAAGCCUUUAUUUUAUUUGGGAACUGGGUACACGCCGUAACCGCCCACGGUCUUACCUUUUUUCCUCCUGAAUCCUGAUCAUGGGUUUGGCUAAUCCCUGCGGAAAAGCUUGCUCUCCCUGCUCAAGAUACUAGCUUUCUAGGUUUCCCCCCGUCAUUUGAAGCUGGACCCAAGUUCGUAUCUGUCAACUCUGAGCCUCUAUCAUCCCUCAAUGAUCUAGACCGCUUCUUUCUUCAGCAACAGUUGGGGGUGCGGGGCCGCGGCGCAAUGUCGGAUGAUAUGUUGAUACAUUUCUCUUCGAACUCUUCGAAUCAAUCGGACCAGUCCCUGCCGACGAAAAUGGCCAAGCUGGAAGCUCGCUUGGUCGGCAAGGCUCCUUCUGCUGCCCCAGCUGCGUCGCAGCAACCUCAACAGCAGCAGCCCACUUGGCAAUCGUUACCUCUCGGGGCAAAAUUUGGGCCCGCGGAGGAAUUGGCAGGUUCCAGUGAUUCCGAUGAAGAUAAUCAAGGUGAGUUUCUGAUACAAGCAAACACACAGAAAAGGCAAAGACUGCAAGAAGAUGGUGAUUCAUCUGUUUCGGCACAUCUUGCGUUUUCUUUUGCAAAUCAUUUUAUCCAUAUGAAGAAUCAAACAACUGACGGAAGGCAAAAAGUUGGCGAAAAUUUGGAGAUGAAAGCUACUGUUGAAGUACAGAAGAGAAAGCAAGGUCGCAGUAGGGGCAAUUCGGUGUCAAGUAGAGCUCGUGGUUCCAGAGUUGCUGAUCAAACAAAAUCACAAGUUCCCGCUUCAACAGUUAUCCCUUCGGUUAUAAAUGGCCAGCUUGAAAAUUGUCAAAAGGAUCAGAGGCCCAAAGAGCACUUCCUGAACAAUGAUCAUUCUUUGUUACAGGAGGAGAUCACAUCAUUACGUGCCACAGUUGCAGCUCUAGAGGAGGAGCUUCAUAAAUCUCGUCAGCAUGCCAAUGAUAGUCAAAAUCUUUGCCAUCAGCUGGAAAAGGAACUAAAGGAACUAAAAGACAGCGAACAGCAAAUGAAGCCAAAGAGAUUAAAGAUUAUAUCUGAUCUGCUGAUAUCAGUUUCGAAAGCAGAGAGGCAAGAAGCCAGGAUGAAAGUCCGGCAAGAUUCUUUAAGACUUGGCAAUGUUGGUGUAAUUAGAACUGGAACAAUCAUAUCAGAGACUUGGGAGGAUGGACAAAUGCUGAAAGAUCUAAAUGCUCAUAUGAAGCAAUUAUUAGAAACGAAGGAGGCCGUUGAUCGUCAACGCAAAUCAUUAAAGAAACGACAAUCUGACAAGGGUGAAGCAGCAGAUGCAGAAUCUGGAACACAUGAAGAGGAUCUUCUCAUUCAGGAUGAAAUUCUCAAAUCUCGUCUGGCAAGCAUCAAGCGUGAGGAAGAAGCUAUGUUACGUGAGAGAGACCGGUAUGAGCUUGAAAAGGCUCGACUAAUUCGUGAAAUGAAACGUAUACGAGAUGAGGAUGGGUCUCGCUUCAAUAAUUUUCAGAUUUUAAAUAACCGUUAUGCGCUACUGAACCUUCUUGGAAAAGGAGGAUUUAGUGAGGUUUACAAGGCUUUUGAUUUGGUGGAGCACAGAUAUGUUGCAUGUAAACUCCAUGGUCUGAAUGCUCAGUGGAGCGAGGAUAAGAAGCAAAGUUAUGUCAGGCAUGCAAUACGGGAAUAUAACAUUCACAAGACCCUGGUGCAUAAUCACAUAGUUCGGCUUUGGGAUAUCUUUGAGAUUGAUCAGAAUACAUUCUGCACUGUUUUGGAAUACUGCAGUGGUAAAGAUCUUGAUGCUGUUCUUAAAGCAACACCCACGUUGCCUGAGAAGGAAGCACGGAUUAUUAUUGUCCAAAUAUUUCAAGGUCUUCUCUACCUGAAUAAAAGGGCACAGAAGAUCAUUCAUUACGAUUUGAAGCCUGGGAAUGUGCUCUUUGAUGAAUUUGGUGCUGCAAAGGUUACUGAUUUUGGUCUCAGCAAGAUUGUAGAAGAUAACGUUGGAUCUCAAGGAAUGGAACUUACAUCACAGGGAGCUGGGACAUACUGGUACUUGCCACCAGAAUGCUUCGAGCUCAACAAGACACCUCUAAUAUCCUCAAAGGUUGAUGUAUGGUCAGCUGGGGUUCUAUUAUAUCAAAUGCUCUUUGGCAGAAGGCCGUUUGGACAUGACCAGUCCCAGGAACGGAUAUUACGUGAGGAUACAAUCAUCAAAGCUCGGAGGGUUGAGUUUCCUAACAAACCCACCGUCUCCAACGAGGUGAAGGAGUUCAUCCGGCGGUGUCUAACAUACGACCAGACAGACAGACCAGACGUUCUGUCCGCUGCUCAGGACCCAUAUCUCACAUACUUAAAGAAGUAGUUUCAUUUUGUACAAAAGAAUGGGGGCGAAAAAACAACAGCACCGCAUACAGAGGAGGUUAGGACUUCGAACGUUGCGAGGCUCGACCACAAACGGCAGUCUGCUGCAACAUAUCCGUGAGAAGGAAUUUGUAUAGUUUGUGUAGAGUUUUUGUAGCUUGUUCUUACUGACUUUCUUUCAAAGCCAAUCGGGUCUCUCUUAAUUCCUCACCUCCUUACAAAUUACAAUGGUGCUUUGGUCUCUCCAGUUCUUUCGGUUUCUAGUAGUCUGUAUGUAAAGGCCCCCCAACAUCAGAGGUUGAAUUGUCAAUUGAUGAAAUGGGCGAAAGCUAAAGCUCAUUGCUUUAUUCCUCCCUUAAAUUGCUGAACUUGAGCUUGGCUAGCUAGAGUGACUACCGCCGCAGCUUUGUAUUAUUUGAAGGAAACUUAUUACUAGUUAAGAGUGUUGAGUAACUUCUCUCGUUCAGAAAACUGGUUGAACUUGAAUAGAAGCCUUUUUUCAGCUCUCUUGAAUCUCGAUCUUAUGUGCAAGCUAAAGGUGUUUUUUUUUGAAGUAGAUGAGUUUUGUUUUCCUAUAUGACAAUUGCCCGUUCGGUGUUAUUACAAGAGCCACAUAAACAUUUUGCUAUCGCCAUUACAAAACCAGGAAACCUGUCCAAAAUCUCCCCAAAAAAUGGCAGCCUUAUCUUUCUCUUCCCCUGCUGCCACAAUCCCAUCGAGAACUUCCAGUCAAAACCAGGCACCACCACUGUGGCAUCACCAGAACAGAAUCCGUUCCAAUUUCGCCGUCACCAGAUGCGAAGCCGGAGAGGAAGCCAGCUCAGCUUCGCCGGAAGCUAAGAAACCGAAGAAGCUCCAAAUCGGUUCUCCCGUCGUCGUGGUUGAGGCCCCCAGGAUGAUCAAGACCGCCGCGAACAUGCCGUGCCUCAGGGUCAAUUCCGGCCUCGUCAACCCCGGCGACGUCGGCAGAAUUGUGUCCAGAAAACCCAAGGAUUUGUGGGCUGUUCGUCUCGCUAUUGGCACCUACCUAAUUGAUGGCAAGUAUUUCAAGCCAUUGGAGCUUGAUGAUUGACCGAGUCCACUCUUUCUUCUUCUUCUUUAUAGUUCACCAUGUCUUUCUUUUCAACCAAUCUGUCUAGAUUUCUCAUACAAGUAUUGACUACGGAAUCGUUUGGAUGAGGAAUUCUGUCAAAAUCGAGAUUUGAAGCAUGAAUUGUAGUGAAAAAAAUCGAAAUAGAAUCAACUAAUCACAUCAAAAUUUACACAAAACAAAGGACUAGUAUUCAGUUUACACAAUUCUGAACCAGUUAAACCUUAAUUGCAUACACCAUAUCAGAAAUCCUUCUCAUCUUCUGCUUCUUCUUCUCCUCCUCCUUCUCCACGCUCUUGGCCGGUUCGGAUUGCGUCGAAUCGCGGCCCCGUUUCUUGCCUUUAUCCGGCGAAACCCACUGCCCGUUGACCCAAUCCAGAUGAACUCGCAGCAUCGAAACAGGGUAAGCGAUCUCGUCGCCGGUGUAGUCAAAGUAGACGUAGUACAUCGGCCCUUUCUUCCCCGUCACUCUCCCGACCCACCACGCGUCGUUGUCCCACGCGUCCACCGCGUCCAUCACGCCGAACCCGCCGCUCCCGAAGCGGAUGCGCGGCGGGACCGGCCGGAUGAACUCGCCGGCGACCGUCUCGAUCAGGAGCUCCGACUCGUCCUCCUCCGUCGUCAGAUUGACGUACUCCACCUUGUACUGGCUCGAACCCAGAACUUCCACCACCGUGCCCUCAAAGUAGGAGCCGUGAAACCCUUCUUCCUCGCUCGCCACUUCCACGCGGUCUCCCCGCCGAAACGCCACCGUCUUCAUCGGAAACGAAAAAGAGACUCGUCGGCGGGACUCUGUUCUUGAUCGUAGAUAUUCCGCAACUCUGUUUUCUUGAAGUAAGAUCUUGGAGAUGGUACGAUUUUCUGAUUGCGGAG